GAGCAGCGCCAGCCAGAGGAGACGCAGCGCGACCGCAGCAAAGCAGCCUUCGCUUCGCUUUCCUCGCGGCGUGACCGCGAAGUCGCCGUGAACCCUCCUCCCCCUCCCUCCCCUCCAUCCAGGCCUCCAGCGCUCAAGCCCCGCCGUGCUCUCUUAUCCCCCGUGAGCCCCGACAUCCAGGCCCCGCCGCCAAUCCGCACCCGAGGCGCUCGCCCCUUCCCGCACCUCCGAUUCCGCCUCCGUUCGCCCGCCGCCCGCCCGCGCGUCUCGUUUCCGCGCCGCGGCCUCCUCGCCUGGACACCGGAGGAGGCCGUGAGGUACAUGCGCGAGGGGUCGCCGCGCCCGCGCCCGGGGUGAUGGGCAACACGUGCGGCGUCACGCUGAGAUCCAAGUACUUCGCCAGCUUCCGCGGCGGCGCGUCGCAGCGGCAUGACGCGGCGGGGUACGCCCCCGUCGCCACCUCCGCCGCGGCGGCCGGUGACCCCGCGCCGCACGGGAACGGGAAGCGGGCCGCGCGCCCUGCCGAGGCGGGGCCGGGGGCGGCGGCGGACGGGUCCGCGCCGCCCCCCGCACCGGGCAUGCGGCGCGGGGCGCCGGCCCCCGCGGAGCUCACGGCCAACGUGCUCGGCCACCCGACCCCGAGCCUCCGGGACCACUACGCGCUGGGCCGCAAGCUCGGCCAGGGCCAGUUCGGCACCACCUACCUCUGCACGGACCUCGCCACGGGCGUGGACUACGCCUGCAAGUCCAUCGCCAAGCGGAAGCUCAUCACCAAGGAGGACGUCGAGGACGUGCGCCGCGAGAUCCAGAUUAUGCACCACCUCGCGGGGCACCGGAACGUCGUCGCCAUCAAGGGCGCGUACGAGGACCAGCAGUACGUCCACAUCGUCAUGGAGCUCUGCGCGGGCGGGGAGCUCUUCGACCGCAUCAUUCAGCGAGGGCAUUACAGCGAGCGCAAGGCGGCGGAGCUUACGCGCAUCAUCGUUGGUGUCGUCGAGGCGUGUCACUCGCUCGGGGUCAUGCACAGGGAUCUAAAGCCCGAGAACUUCUUGCUGGCCAACAAGGAUGACGACAUGUCCCUCAAGGCUAUCGACUUCGGCCUCUCGGUUUUCUUCAAGCCUGGUCAAAUUUUUACCGAUGUUGUGGGGAGCCCUUACUAUGUAGCUCCAGAAGUGCUGCGCAAACGUUAUGGACCAGAAGCUGAUGUGUGGACAGCUGGAGUAAUUCUUUACAUACUGCUAAGUGGCGUACCACCAUUUUGGGCAGAGACACAGCAAGGAAUAUUUGAUGCUGUUUUAAAAGGUGUAAUUGAUUUUGAUUCGGAUCCCUGGCCUGUAAUAUCUGAGAGUGCAAAGGAUCUUAUAAGAAGAAUGUUGAAUCCUCGCCCAGCAGAGCGCCUGACAGCACAUGAAGUUCUAUGUCAUCCGUGGAUUUGUGACCGUGGAGUUGCUCCUGACCGGCCUCUUGAUCCAGCUGUCCUCUCGCGCAUUAAACAGUUCUCAGCAAUGAAUAAGCUGAAGAAGAUGGCUUUGCAGGUAAUUGCUGAGAGCCUUUCGGAGGAGGAGAUUGCGGGGCUGAAGGAAAUGUUCAUGGCAAUGGACACAGAUAAUAGUGGUGCAAUUACAUAUGAUGAACUGAAAGAAGGAUUGAGAAAAUAUGGUUCCACACUAAAGGAUACUGAAAUUCGUGAUCUCAUGGAGGCGGCUGAUAUAGACAACAGUGGGACCAUUGAUUAUAUAGAAUUCAUUGCUGCUACAUUGCACCUCAAUAAACUGGAACGCGAGGAGCAUCUAGUUGCAGCCUUUUCGUAUUUUGACAAAGAUGGCAGUGGUUACAUUACAGUGGAUGAGCUUCAGCAAGCUUGCAAAGAGCAUAACAUGCCAGCUGCUUUUCUUGAUGACGUCAUUAAAGAAGCUGACCAGGAUAAUGAUGGCCGCAUUGAUUAUGGGGAAUUUGUUGCCAUGAUGACAAAGGGCAAUAUGGGAGUUGGGAGAAGAACAAUGAGAAACAGCUUGAACAUAAGCAUGAGAGACGCGCCUGGUGCCCUCUGAAGUCUGAAGAGAACAUCCAAGAAGUGCAGGCUGCGGCCUUUGGAGAGCUUCCAAUUCGACACGGACUCUGCCUACAAAUUUUUUAUUGCUAUUUGUUGUAGCAUUGUAGGUGUGUGUGUGUUUCAGGAAUUCAGGGUGCUGUAGGGUUACUCCUGUUAUUACCUCUGUGAAAUGUGUGAAAAAUUACCACGCAUUAGUUGGGUUGCAAAGCCUUUUCCCUUCCACUAAUCGCGAGUCGUCGUCAUCUGGAGCAGGUCCAUAACAUAACACCAAAAGAUGUCUACCUGUAACCGUGGAUAUUUGAAAUCCUGAUAUGAAAAGGAGGAAUUUGCAAGCUGGUUUAUGCA